CCUAGAUGCUGCUCACCAACCUCCAGAAGAAGAAGACGAAGAAGAGAGCGAACGAUGUCCAGAUACGAGUCUGGUUUUGAAUCUGCCGAGGAGGCCAGCGGCAGCCUGAGGGAAGAGGAGGAAUGGGAGGAUGAGAACAGGGACGAUGAGGAGUGGGAGGAAGAGGAGGAUAUCUGUCUGAGGAUGAAGAGGCCAUGGCAGAGCGUGCUGAAGGUCUGCGAAGGGCCAGAAAAGAGGAGACAGAGAAGCUGCUUCAAGACAUUCCAGUAGAGAAAAUGCGAGAACUUGCACUGGCUCUCUUUGAUCGCCAGCCAGGGCUUGUGUUGGACACACUGAAGACGCAUGAGAUGUGGCGAGGUUAUCAUGGAUCAUUUUCAAGACCAGUAACAUGGUGUGUCUGUGGAAAUUGCCGGGACAUGGCCACAGUCUUGGAGAAGAAAUUCUGCGGACAGGAGCCGGACCGUUGCAUCAGCACACUGCCGUCGUUCUCCCUGUACUGCCUUGAUGCGGUUGUUCUUCGUAUUCACAGGAGCUACAGGGAGGACACUUUGGCACUGGGUGACACAGAGGAGCCAGGAGAGGACAACCGUGAGUUCUGCCACGCUGCAUUUAGACAUUUUCUCUUGUGGCAGUAUGGUGCCGUGGAGCGGGAACAACAAGUGAUCAUUCCCAGUUGUUGUGUGUGGAAGAUUAACGACAUGUGGCCUGAUCCCUUUGGACAGUACCCUCGUUAUGUUCCUAAGCAUUAGCAAACCUCUUUAAAGCUUGCUGCAGUUCUGAGUGUUUACAGUCUUUAUCUACAACAUACUGAGUUACAUGUUUGCUUGCAAUGUUGAUAAAAGCUCUAGUUAUGGUCCUAGACAUUAGCAAACCUCUGUAACAAAUGCACCUCUGUGUGUUUAAAGUCUUUUUAUACAGUUUACUGUACUAUGUUGGCCUACAAGGUUGAGUUAAAGUUCUUGAUAGGUUCCCACACCUUUGCAAAGCUCUGAAAUUUGCAGAAGUCCUGUGUGAAUGUACAUAUUUUUUCCACCAUUUACUUUAUUUAUAACUUGUUUGCCUGACAUGUUAA